AUGCGACAAACUAUUCACCUUCCGACCAAUUCAUCUAAAAAAUAUACUUGUUUUAAUCCGAAUAUUGUAUCAGUUAAAGGUGUUAUUAUCCCUGAUAAAAUUACAACUGAAUUUAUUUCUUUUCGUGCAUUUGACAUUUCUAAUCAAAGAAAUUCAGUCAAAGACUCAUUGCCCAGUUCUAUUAGUAGUGUAAAUGAGUUUGAUACCAUAGAAGAUUUUGGUUCUAUUAAUGCUGAGGUUGAUUCAUGUAUUAAAAGAAAUAUUCCAUUUUACAAUACCCUUGCUAAAUCUCACCGAAAAGAAUCAAAGAGAUAUUCACAGGAAUUACAACAAAUGAUGAUUGGUAGUGGAAUAAUUCCAACAUAUGAUUUCACUGCUCCAUUAUGUUGUUCAAUAUUAAAUAUUGUUGAGACAGUUUCAUAUAAAGAUGUCUUAGAUGCAUUGGAUAAUCAUAACCAGCUCAAUGAAAAUUUUAAUUUAUUAAGGGCAAACAAAUUUCAAACAAUUAUUUGUGAAGGCUUACCUUCUCACCAACGAAUAGCAUUAUCUUUAGUACUGUUAAUUAUGACAAGUUCAUCAGUAUUUAAACUCUUUCAAGUAGUAAAGUUUAAUAAAACAGGAUUUAGUUAUGAAGAUAUUCACUUAUUACAAGGUAUUGUAUUAAACUUAGCAAAACCACUAAAACAAAUGUUUCGAUUAUUUAGUCGUAUCAGCCAAAUGUCAAAAGAAAUGGCAAUAGUAUUUUCUGGAUUUUUAGUUUCUGAUGAAAAUGCUAUUGGUAUUCCUAAUAAACUUGGUUAUCGUCUCAUUCAAAUUGCUAUUCGAUAUGAAGAUUAUGUUUUAAGAGGAACCGAUAAAACUGGUGUUUAUGAUAUUAUUGAUUCGAAUAUUAGAAUUGCAUUAUGUUUGAAUAUUAAAAAAUUAUCAGCACUAUUAUUUAGUAAAGAUGCAAUUGAAUUUGGAUAUGUUAGAUUUUACAUGAUAACAUUACCUUAUUUUACUACACCAGCGACUGUACUUCACUUUAUUUGUGAUAACAAUUAUUUAAAACGGACCCAUUUAAAAGGUAUAUAUGAAACUGUUUGUUUUGAAUUUAUUAAAUUCUGGCAUCAUGCCUUACCUCUCAACGAGAUUAGUCAAAUUGACAUUGCCUUUAAGAAUACUAUUGAAACAAUUGAUAAAUAUUAUCAUAUUGCAAAUUCUUUUGAAGAACAAAUUACUGCACUUAUGUAUGAUAAAUUAAAAAAAUUAACAAUAAUGGAAAUAAUAGAAACAACAGAAAAUGAAUUAGAAAAGGUAAGUAGUAACUUUAAUAAAUGGGUAAAAAAUAUAUUAAUAGAAAAACAAGAUUAUCAAAAAAUGUUAAAAUACGCUAAUACAUUUCUUAGUUUAAAGAAUUAUGAUUGUGCAUAUUCUAUUUAUUGUGGAUUAAAAAGUUAUUGUUGGAUAAAUGAAAAGAAAAGGGAAAAAUGUAUCAAAGUUAUUGAAAAAAAUGAUACAUUCAAAACACUUAAUAAAUUAUUUAAUCUUACAACACAGUGUAAUGUUUAUAAAGAUCUUAUUCUACAUACAGAACCACCAUUUAUUCCUAUAGUAGUAUUAAUUAAACAAGAGUUAAUAAAAAUAAAUGAUAUACCCACUUUUAUGGACAAUGACAAAAGACUUAUAAGAAUAGAAGGUAAGUUAAGAAUAGUAUAUACUUGUAUAAAUUUGUUCAUUCGUGGAUGUUCUCAUAACUAUAAUUUUUAUAUUCAAAAUAAUAACGAGGUACUUAAAGUCCUUCAUUCAUUUGACUGA